UGCGGAAGAGAGUCACGUUCAGUUGGCUGGCGAAGUGGCUCGCGAUUAAAAAAUCCAAAUAAUAAAUACAACUUCAACUGGCCAAAGUGUUUGAAAAUCAAAGAUAUAUAUACUUUUUUUGAAGUGAUUACCCAGUGAGACAAAGGCAGUUCGAUCGACAACUAUCGAAAUCCCGGUUAACAAAGAUAGAUCUGAAAGAUGCGGCCUUUCGGCAACGACAUAACAAACAUCCCCGCCGCCAACGGUGGCAAUGGUAAUGGUGGAAAUGGCAACAACGAUCCCAACGAGGGCAACGACAACCGGAAUAAUGGCAGCCACAGCAGCCAUCUCGCCGCCACAGAGGACGCAGAGGAGUCUGUGGAUCCCAGCAUACCACCGCACAUAGCGAGGAUCGGGGGCAUUGGCACCUUCCCGCCGAUCGCCGGACAGGGCGUCAUCCGGGUGGUUCAGCGCUGCGAGGACGCCAAGGAGAACCAGAAACUGAAUCUUUCGAGCUGUGAACUGAUGCAGAUACCAGAUGCAGUCUACCACCUGAUGCGGAACACAGAGCUGGUGACCUGCAACCUCAGCGGCAACGUGCUCAAGAGCGUGUCGCCAAAGUUCUCGCAGAAGUUCAGCACCAUCACAGACCUGAAUCUUUCGCACAACAAGCUCUCGAGGCUGCCGGAGGAGUUCGCCAGCCUGACCGCGCUGACCAGGCUGAACAUCUCACACAACUCCUUCAUAGUCCUACCACAAGUAGUCUUUAAGCUUCAGAGUCUCGCCAGCCUGGAUGCCCAGAACAAUGCCAUAUUGGAAAUCGAUACCGAUGAGGCCAUCGCCAGCGACUGCCUGGCCCUGGUCGAUCUGCGCAACAAUCCGCUGAGCAGAAACUGCAGACGCAAGCUGCAGGACUUCAAGACCUCCUUCCGCCUCGAGAUCUCCAAGGAAGUCGAGGACGACUGGUAAUCCGAUGGACGUCCAUCCCAUUUCCAGCACACCAAGAACAAAUCUCUCGUUAUCUCGGAGGAGAGCGCCCUAGACGGCCCCCCUCCAUCUUAUUUAUUCUGUUUAUAAAUUUAUAUACUUACCAAAAACACACCAUUGUAUGACA